GUAGGAGAAUCCCCUCCACAGGGCUCUGUUGGCAACCAAAACCCCCUCUGUGCCCUCAGUCGGUCAUAGAAAGCGAAAGCGAGAAGACCUCUGCGGUCAAGAGCGAACACUCACAACAACUCUCGUCGCCGACAACUAUACGUCGCGAGGACUGAGACACCGGCAUGUGUUCAUCUGCAGAAAGCAAUUCGAUGCAGAUCCUCGUAGCUGAACUUUUGCCGAAAACUUAGGACUUUGUUGAGUAGACAAUUUUAAACGAAAAAAAAUCCUGAUGCAGUACAAAUAUCGUUAAAUUCGUCCCUAGGUCCUACGCGUACUUUGUUUAAUGACUGGCACUUCCGUUCUCCAAGAGUACAAAUUUCAACCGACUCAGGACUUAGAUAUAAAUUUUAAGAUGGCACCGAGGAGGAACAACGGCCUGCACGAAGUGCAGAGCAUAGUGUCGCUCGAUCCCGAUGGAAUAGAAAACAGCAACGUGACCCGUUGUUGCGUCCCGACCGAGUGCCUGAGAAACCAGGCGCUCAUACCCCUCGACGAUCUCAGGGAGGCGGUCAGGGUCUCAUGCAACAACGAACACUGCCCCAUGGGUAGAUUCAUGCACAGGGAAUGCUUCGAUCUCUGGGAACAGACCGUUCUCACCUAUUUGAAAUCCUGCGGGCGAGCGCGUUCCUGGUCCGAGAGGCAGAGGCAUCAGAAUCUCUGGACGAAGAAAGGCUACGAUCUCGCCUUCAAAGCCUGCGGAUGCCGAUGCGGCCGGGGCCACUUGAAAAAAGACCUCGACUGGUCCCCGCCCCCGCCCGGCUUCGGCUCGAGGGAAGAAGAGAUCACGAAGAAGAAGAAAAAACGCAACAAACACAACAACCGGCCGAUUCUGUCAGUUUCCGGACAGACCGGGGGACACGGGAUACAGCAGUCCAGAAGCGAAACGAUUAUUUCGCCCUCUGACCUGAGAACGAGAACCGGCUCCCUCUCCUCUUCGACCGGCUCUUCUUCGCCGCCGGCCAGCGCCUCCAGCAUCUCACCUGUCCACUCCAGCUCCAUACCGAAGAGAAAGGCCAAAAUCGACUUCUUCGCUGACAGGCACAGUGCAAUCAACGGAAACGGAAUCUUCUCGAGGCGGCAAGAUUUCAGCACCUUCAACGCUCUUCCUAAGCACAAGCUCAAUUCGUAUCAUAUAAAGAUGGAAGACGAAGGGCACCAUGGAAAUGACGAGACCCGCAGUUUUAUUCUCUCCACUCUGGCAGGUCUCCAAAUGUCAAAAGUGAUCUGCAUUCUGUGCAGGGCCCCGAUGCUAGUCUUUGACCGAUAUCCACUAGUAGACGGCACGUUCUUCCUCAGCCCGAGGCAGUACACGAAGAGCUGCGUUGAGGUGAAAGCGGAGGGACGUACUCAAUUCCUUAGCUGCGUCUGUAUGGGUUGUCUUGAAGCGUGGGCCCCCGGACGGAGGCUUAGGUGCAGAUUCUGUUCUUCAGCCUGGGACGGUUCAUCCUUGGUCCUCGGAACCAUGUACUCCUACGAUAUUUUCGCCGCCAUGCCCUGCUGCACGGAAAGACUCAAGUGCAACAGUUGCGCCAAACCGUUGUUGAUGCCCCACCAAAGACUCAACUUUUUCUCGGACUAUUCCCACCGCCUGACAUGUCCUCACUGCGGUGUCCAAGACUGGCACUUCGUCAAGCCCCUCGGCUACUGCUACAACCGCGAGUGGCCAUAGCAUGAGGCCGUGCCCGCUGAAGACCGGGCGAGAGCCGUGCAACGGCUCCUUCACGCCACCUGGGCCAGUGACAUCCACAACACACUUCUGAGCCUGACGCUCGCUUGAAAAGGUACGUCAAACUGACGGCCCUCGUUCAACAAACUGCUAAUUGAUAAUAAUUUGAUAUCCUCGGGUCUGCGAGGGAAAAAUUGCUCUGCUUCCAAUGAAAUGCAGUGCUCAAUUUCAUUUUGUAUGUUAUUUGAAUUGUUGUGCGUUAAAGAACGGUGUUAUUUGUAUUAAAUACACGUGUGUUUUUCAAUGGUUUAAGGGUAGUUUUAAGAGAGUUUUGCAGUUAAUUGUGUAAGAAAGGUGGACAGUCAAAAUGCCAUCGACUCUGUGUAAUGUGAAAUUUCUAGUAGCCGUUUAUUGAUGUUUUAUGUUAAAAUAUAUUUGGAAACACUAUAAUUCUACAUAGUUUUUUUUUUGUAUAUAUAGUAUAUGUUUUUUUAAGUUUAGACAAAAAAACACUUGUACUUGUUUUACUGGCAUAGUUUUGGGAGUAUAUUGCUAGACUUAAUGUACAAAUUAGAUUAUUGUUAACUGUAAAAACUGAGUAACUAAUGUAUUUUUAAAGAACUGCGGUCGACUUUAAUACAUGUACAAAGCUGAUGUCACAUCUUGCAACAUAAAUAUAGAAAUAUUGUUUUUAUUAUAGAUAUUUAUAUUUCUUUUUGAAAAUGAAAGUUUAUGGAAUAGUUUCCGUUACUUAGGAGAAUACUAGACUCUUAAUGUGAUACUUUAAGGUUAUUACACCCCAAUGAACUAUCACAUUUCUAUAACACUCAUAUUACUAACAGAGAUAAUAAUUAUAUGAUAACACUAAUAAUAGUAAUUAUAAGAGAGUUAGAUUUAAUCCAUGGCACAACAACUGACUCAUGCCCGUAAAAGUGCAAUUGCCAUCUCGUUUUUAUAAAAUAAUAAAAUAAAACUGUAUGUUUCGCAAAAAGUAAAGCCGAAAUUGUUUUUUAAAGUUCAGUUUAAAAGAAAGCCUGUAAAUUGUUUUACAUAUAUGAUAAAACGUGCGUAGGGAAAUUAAUUAGAUUGUCCACAUAUUUCAACCUGUUUAUGUUUUCAAAAAAUUCCGAUGAGUCUAAAUUCGUCAUUAAAAAUACCUUACCUAUUCCAUUAAAGAGCUUUCUUUUAAACUGAUUCUUUUUUGUAUGACUUUUUGGCGAAACUGACUGUAUGGUAACACCUAUGGUUCAAUUCUAAAUUCAGGAAUGUGUGUUGGAGACAUAUCCUAAUUAAUUGUGGGCAAAAGGGUUUUGCUCAAGAGAAAUUUUUUGUGAACGUGCAUUCGUACAACUGACCCGUGGAAAAUGAAACAAUUAAGACAAAAAAAAUUCAAAUUAGCAAUUAAUUGAAAUUAUUUUAAAUUUGAUGCUGCAUGGUUUAGGUAAUAUAUUUAGAAAAUUAAACUAAAGACAUUGCAUAGAUAGAGAAAAGAUAUAUUAUAAAAUAUGUAAUAUAAAUAUAAAUAUAUAUAAUUUUUUGCAUUACUUCGCUACCUGUAGUAUGAAAAGUUAUAUGUGGCCAGAGUAAAUGAUUAAUAUGUGGGGUAUUAUAUUCAAAACUAGAUUUUCUAUGAUUGGUUUCUGUGUAUCUAUUUCAUAAUUUUUCCCCCUUCGUCUAAUAUUGUCCCGUGCAUGUUUCAAAUCCGUCAUCCGUUGGUUUAUUUGUUUUUUUAAACUAUACCAAGAUUUAUUAUUACAUGUUUUAUUUUUAUUUUAUAAAUCAAAGUUUCGAAUAUAAUCGAAAACGAGAUGAAUAUUUACGUAUCAAUCGAUAAUAUAAGCCAUAGACAGCUUUCAUUAACAAUCGGGGAAAUUUUACGCCAAAUCAUAGAAUUAGUAAUAGAUGGCUGUUUAAUUCUGGAUCGUUCAACGUGUUGAAGAUUAUAACUGCAUAUAGGAGGGAAUAAUAAAUAUGCACGUAGGUGAACAUUUUAAUCGAUCCGGAGUGCAACAGCGUUAUUUUUAAAAGCAAAAGUUUCCUCAAUAAAAAAAUUAGAGUAGAUUCUGUGUGUAUUUGGUAAUCUUAAGCUUAACUAGUAGUCUGUAAUCCUACUAUUACUCCAAUAUUGCUAUUAUAUAUAAGUAUUUGUACAUAAAGUCCUAAGGUUAAGUCAUUGUCUCUUAUUGGUGAAGCAUACUAUUCGAGCUUUUACUCCAAAAUAAUUGAAAAUAUGGUGCUUAAUGGAUUAUUAAUACAAAAACUAAUGCAUGUUAUUGAAUUUUUAUUCUAUUUUUUUUUUUUAAUUUUUGCAAAUAUAAUUAUAUAAUACAUGGUAAAUUGUUUAUGUUCUUUUCUAAACAAAGUACUCGCACUGUUGAUCAGAUUUCUGAUACAAUACCAAACGAUUAGUUAGUUAAUUUUGUUUAAAGAAACAGAGGAAACAGAAAUUGCAACAGCCAAUAGAAAGACCUGAUCUCAUGAUUAACACAAAAGACUAAAGAAAGUAUUAUAGUCUAUGCGAUUUUUACUCCCACAUUAUCCUAAAAUUUACUUUCUCAAUUUAAAAGAAAAAAAUAAAAAUAAACAAAAGCACAAAAUUAUGUAUACACGCCAAAAAAUACGAAAGCAAUUAAUAUAAAUAAUAUAAACGUUGAUAAGCUAUCCAAUUUAAAUCUGGGUACCAAAAAGCUGGUACAGAGGACCAAAAUUCAUUCAUAGCUUAAAUUUAAUUUAACUGGGUUAGAUUUUUUACACGUUUCGUUUGGCUGCGCUGCGGGUUGCUCAACGUUUUCUACUGGAAGACUGCUGGAAUUUAGAAGAAAACAUAUUUAAAAUAACCACAGCCAAAUUUGGGUCAUUGUAAUUAAAGUGUUGGGCGGAAAUGUCAAACCAGCUGGAAAUUUUUUAUUUUUUAUUAUAAUUUAGUGCUUCUGCGAUCCUGGCAAAGUGAAGCCGUUUUGUUUUAUUUUAUUAUUCUUUUUUGAGAAUGCGGUGUCAUUUGUUUAAAAUUAAGAU